AUGUCGUCCAAUGAUCUCUCCAAAUCGUUUGACACUGUGCCCAAGCUCACUGGGAAAGAAAAUUACCUGGUAUGGCAUCAGAGGUUGACAGUUGUUCUCUUCAUGACCCGAACUCGCUCGUUCGUUCUCCCCACCACCAUUGCGCCAACUGCUACCACAACAACAUCCUCCACUGGAUCAUCCCUUUCGCUCAAGGCCUGGAACGAACGAGAUGAACAAGUUGCUGCCGCCAUCCUCCACUCCACUUCUGAGGAUAUCCUCUCUGCUCAUCUUCACCUUCUAUCUGCUACCUAUGGAACUAAUGGUGCUCAAUACUCGUUCACUCUGGGGAAGAAGUUUGUGGAUAACAGGUGUUCAGAGGAUGAGGCUGUUGAAGAAUGGGUGAACAAAGUGCUCGCUCGAUAUGAUGAUUUCAAGGUUCUGUCGUACGAUCUCGAUCAACUCGGUGUCAAUGUUCUGCUCAAUGGUCUUCCUGAUUGCUUCAGUUUGUUCAUCAAUGGCAUUUGGAAGGAAGAUGAGACCCCUUCUGUGGAAACAUCAGAUUGA